CGCUCGCCAGAUGUAAACUCUUGUAGCUGGUGUUCCCGAUGGUAACGAUCUUUUGAUGAUUUAUCAGCUAUAGGAAUGAGAGUACCAAUGCACCGGAUGUUGACAUCAGAGAAGUGUUAAUACAAGAUUGAGCCGCGCAGAAAAAGCAGACCAUUUAUUGUACAUGGAUUGCGCAGCUUGAUCGAAAGAGUGAUUCGGAUCAAAUACUGCCUCCCAUACUUUUCAGCCAUCCUUGCAGAGGAGUUCCAAAGUCUUUUUUUAAGCCUGAAGUGGUCUCGUGCAAUGAGGUUGAUGUAAAAGAAGGUUUGCGUCACACACCCUGAGACUACAUCCACUGUCAACAGUGUCAGCAUCUGGAGGAUUUUCAUUUUUUUGCCUCCUCUGUCUUCGGAGAUGGUGGCACCAGGGCGUCGGAGUCAUUUUGUCACUUUAUAACGCUGACAGAGAGUCCGUAUCCAUCUGAUCCAUCAUGACAGAUAUUUUUUUUCAUGAUGCAGCAUUUGCCGAGGGAGAGAGCCUGAUACUCAGACGAGCACAGCAUAAAUAUAAACCAAGAUCCAGGACUCAAGUUUCAUACACAAUUAGAGAUUGUACGAUUGUCAUUAAAAACCACGGCAUGGAAAUAAAAGAGUCCACGUCAUACUGGGAUGACGUAGGGUACACGCUGACGUCAUGCGAAGCUGCAUGUCAAUCAGACUCUUCUUGCUUUGGUUACUCCUUUGAUUCGGAUAGCGGGAAAUGCGCCAAGUCAAAGGAAACGGGGACGAAGAAUGCCAACAGCUGUCCAACAUGCUCUUUCCAUAGCAAACGAUGCGGAUUAGAUUGCUCAGUAACAUACACAAGUUAUGGUAAUGAUAAAGCAUCUGAAAAUCCAUACUCAACAUCAACCAAGAGUUAUCCAGAGUGUGAGACAAGCUGCUCGUCUGAUCAAAAUUGCACUGGUUUUGGAUAUGAUUCAUUAACCAAUGAAUGUACAUUGACCGAAAUCAACAUCGUAGAAGUGGCAGUAUAUGUUUGUACAACCUGUACGUUUUCUUUAAAGGUAUGUAAUGGAAGCAUUGGUGGUGUAACGACGACACAAAAUGUCCUUACAGAACGAACCACGUUAACCAAUGAGGUUACUACAGUGAAUGAAAUCAGCACAACACCUGACGUCACCCCUGACGUCAUCAAGACAACUGAAACAACUACAGCUUCAAAAACAGACACUGAAACGUCACCAUCAAUUUUAGCUUCAAUGGAAGACACAGUGGCUAAUGAUCAGAGAACAACAAUUACCUCGGCCGAAUCAACGACAACAUAUUGUAUAAUUUAUGAUUUAGAAAAUUACACUCAUUAACGAAAAAGAAAAGUGUUAUUUUCUAAACAAUAAAUUUUACACAAUGUUUUAAUCACAUUUAACGUAAAACUACUUGUUCACUCAUUUCAUUUACAGAUAUGAGUUGUUUAAAUAUAAAUAAUCAUUUUGGAAAUAGAAAUAACAUAGU